GGGUGUACCCCGCCUUUCGCCCGUAGUCAGCUGGGAUAGGCUCCAGCUUGCCUGCGACCCUGUAGAAGGAUAAAGCGGCUACAGAUAAUGAGAUGAGAUGAGAUGAGAUGAGAUGAGAUGAGUCGCCACUGAAGUCCACUCGAUCCUUGUUCACCGUCAAUGGAUCGGUCACUCGUCAAACAGUCCGCCAGAAUCCGAGUAGGGAAUGGCUGAGCGUAGCUGUCAGUCAAACACAAGUUAGCCAAUGGGAAUGCAUUCCUGGACAGCCCGCCCACACGGGAAGUUUGUAUCAAAACUGCAAGCAAAAAGUCAGGGAGCGCAAACGAGAAAGCUGGAAUGGCAACCAAAAUAAAUUACGUCAAACAAAACCGAGAAACAAAAAUAACAGGUUUCUGAAGAGUAAUAGACUGAAAUUUUGCACGAUUACACGAAUAAUUUGUUUGCCAGUCUAGAAAAAUCGACUUUUUUUUUUUUGUAUUUUGAUAUAUCGUUUUUGUUUGAUAUUUCAAAAGUAUUGUAUGAACAUUUUGGCACAAAAUUGAUUCCAUAUGAAAGUGUGAGCUUGUUUGUUUAUUAGUGUAAAAUGAUGGCGCCUGUGCUGAUGAAGGCAGUCAGAGUUAAUUGGCUGUAAGUGCGCACCUGACUCUAAUUAACCUGCGGCUCUCUCCGCCUACAUAACGCGCGCUUCGCGGCCUGGCCAGGUGGCUAAGCGGAAAAAAAAAAAAAAUUAAAUCAAAAUGGCUACCUACGGAGACGAAUCACUCGACAGCUAUGUUUACUCCUCAUACAACCCCUACUCUUACAGGUGCCCGAAGCCCAAGAGCUGGCGGCAGAAGAGCGCCUACCUGAGCGCGUGCGGUGACGGAGAAGGUUAUUUCGACAACUACCACCGCGCGCAGCUCAGAUCCAUCCUGUCGCAGAUUAACCCGAACCUCACACCGCGCCUGCGCAAAGCCAACACCAAAGAUGUUGGGGUGCAGGUGAACCCGAAGGCCGAUGCUUCUGUGCAAUGUUCACUCGGACCCCGCACUUUGGCUGCACGCCGGCGGGAAGCAGUGCGCAGGCGCAGACCGGAUAGCCAGACUCCUGGCAGCCCGGUGAUCUCUGGGGUUCGAUUCCCACGCACGCAGGCCGUGUAUUCGCCGGUCGCCAUGGGGCUGCGGGGGUUCGCGGCUCUACUGCAGGACGACGAUGAUGCUGAUAAAGCUGAAGAAGAGCAGCAGAAGCAUGAAGGAGAAACCGAAGAGGGCGAGAAGGAGAGCGCAGACAAGGGCGAAGAGCUAGAAGAGGGUGAAGAGGGUAAAGAACCAGAAGAUGACCAAGCCGAACCAGAGCUUAGUCCUGGUAAAAAUGAUGAAGGCGAGCAGAUAGUUAAAGUGGAUGAUGAAAAUAAGAGUGAGAAUCAGAAAAGUGGUCAGGAUGAUUCCAAGUCCAAGGGGAGAGUGCGCUUCCAGUUUUUGGAGCAGAAGUACGGCUACUACCACUGCAGAGACUGUAACCUUCGCUGGGAGAGUGCCUAUGUGUGGUGUGUCCAAGGCACAAACAAGGUUUAUUUCAAGCAGUUUUGCAGAACUUGUCAGAAGGCUUUCAACCCAUACCGGGUAGAGGAUAUAACCUGUCAUAACUGCAAGAAGGCACGCUGUACAUGUCCAGGGACCGCACGCCACGUGGAUCCUAAACGGCCACACCGACAAGAUCUGUGUGGUCGCUGCAAAGGCAAACGACUCUCCUGUGACAGCACGUUCAGUUUUAAGUACAUCAUAUAGCUUGGUGCAUUCUCUAAUCCCUGUACAGAAUCUACCCUGAUGGUGGUUCACUGCUGUUGUAUAGUCUAAUACUUGGGGAAAGGAUCUCUGCUAAACAUGGCCUCCACCAGUAAUAACCUUGAGACUGAAGCAUGGGUCUUCAGGAAGGAGGGCUUGUGCUUUUUGCCAAAGAUGGAUGGAUGGGUUUUGUUUUUGUUCACUUGUAUUGAACGGUGUUCCCAGUAGUGAACCAUUUCAGAAAAGUGAAAAUAAAU